UCGUCUUCACCGACUAGUCCAUGGCCCUACCCAUCCCUGGGGACCUCUCUCGCGAUUUCUCGUCCCCAAUUCAAAACCAGUUCAUCGAUUCCAUUUCGGGAUAGAGUGGGCGAGGACUGCGCCAUGGAUCGGAUCGUAGGCGGGAAGUACAAGCUAGGGCGCAAGAUCGGGAGCGGAUCCUUCGGCGAAAUCUUUCUAGCGACGCACGUUGACACGUUCGAGAUCGUCGCGGUUAAGAUCGAGAACAGUAAGACCAAGCACCCACAACUAAUUUAUGAAGCCAAGCUUUAUAAUAUUCUUCAGGGAGGAAGCGGGAUCCCAAAUAUAAAAUGGUAUGGUGUUGAUGGAGAGGAGAAUGCUCUUGUCCUUGAUCUGCUGGGUCCAAGCCUUGAAGAUCUGUUUGUCUAUUGUGGUCACAAGUUCUCGUUAAAGACAGUUCUGAUGCUGGCAGAUCAGAUGAUUACAAGAAUAGAAUAUGUUCACUCAAAAGGUUUUUUACACAGAGACAUCAAACCCGAUAACUUCCUGAUGGGUCUUGGUCGGAAGGCUAAUCAGGUGUACAUCAUCGACUUUGGGCUUGCUAAAAGAUAUAGGGAUUCUACUACCAAUCGUCAUAUUCCAUACAGAGAAAACAAAAACCUGACUGGAACUGCUAGGUAUGCUAGCUGCAACACCCAUCUUGGAAUUGAGCAAAGCCGACGGGAUGAUUUGGAAUCUCUUGGUUAUGUUCUUCUCUACUUUCUCAGAGGGAGUCUUCCAUGGCAAGGUCUAAAGGCUGCCACAAAGAAGCAGAAGUAUGAUAAAAUAUGCGAGAAGAAGCUUUCAACUCCAAUUGAAGUUUUAUGCAAAUCCCACCCAGUGGAAUUUGCUUCUUACUUUCACUAUUGCCAUUCUUUAACGUUUGAACAACGACCCGACUAUGGAUUCUUGAAGCGGCUCUUCCGUGAUUUGUUCACUCGUGAAGGCUAUGAAUUUGAUUAUAUCUUUGACUGGACAAUUUUGAAAUACCAACAAGCCCAAAGGACAAGAUCUCAACCUCGACCAUCUCUGAUCUCAGGUGGAACAACUAGUCAAGCGAUUCCAAUGAACCCUGAUAGACAACAAGUUACCAGUUUCCGCAACAUUCCUCGCGUUGAUGAAGUCACGGAGCACAUUGCACCUAUUAAUGUUGGUCGUCCUAUUGUUCAAAUGCAGUUCAAAUAUCCAGCUGAUAGAGAUAAGUUGAGAGUAGGAACAAGUUCUGAACUACCUCAACUAUCAUCCCCGUCACUUGCUUUCCCUGGUCCUUCAAAGAAACAUGUAAAUUCUAAACAAUCAGGGCCACCACCCGAUGCUUCCCAUGUUGGCUCCUCCAGCAGUUGGUUUCCUACGCUACAGCGUAAUGCUUCGGCAAAAUGACCGGUAAUUCUGUUGUAUGAGUAGCUGCCAUGUAUGUUCAGUCCCAGUUCACUGCAUGGGACUUCUCAGGUUGAGCGUCUGUUCUUUAUGGGCUCUUCAGGUGUAAAUUCAAAGUGGUUGGGUCCAACAACACGAUAACACAGUAGCUGCACUGUUAUUGCUCAGGUCACUUACUCCUGUUAAGGUGACUAUUAAGUGUGUUACAUAAUUAAUGCUUUUCGGUCUAACAUUCUAUUUCCCAUUUAAAUUGGAUAAAAUGAAAUUGUUUUAUUUCAUUAA